CUCUUCCGGCGUGCUGUGGUCAUGGCCGCCGCGGCCGCCGGGCCGGUGGAAUUGGGCUUCGCCGAGGAGGCGGCGGCGUGGAGGCUGCGCAGCGAGCAGUUCCCCAGCAAGGUGGGCGGGCGGCCGGCGUGGCUGGGCCUGGCAGAGCUGCCGGGGCCCCGGGCGCUGGCGUGCGCGCGCUGCGGCCGGCCGCUCGCCUUCCUGCUGCAGGUGUACGCGCCGCUGCCCGGCAGGGACGACGCCUUCCACCGCAGCCUCUUCCUCUUCUGCUGUCGGGAGCCGCCGUGCUGCGCCGGCCUACGAGUUUUUCGUAAUCAGCUACCAAGGAAAAACGACUUUUACUCAUUUGAGCCGCCACCUGAGACGGGAGCCUCGGAUACAGCAGACAGUGUAUGCCUCCAGCUUAAGUCCGGAGCCCAUCUCUGCAGGGUUUGUGGUUGCUUGGGUCCCAUGACAUGCUCUCGGUGCAGACAGGCACAUUACUGCAGUAAGGAGCACCAGACAUUAGACUGGCGUCUGGGACACAAGCAGGCGUGUACAAAGUCAGACCAUUUAGACCAUACGGUUCCAGACCACAACUUCCUGUUUCCAGAAUUUGAAAUUGUAACAGAAACAGAAGAUGAGCUUUUGCCCGAGGCUGUGGAAAUGGAAGAUUAUUCUGAAAUUACAGGAAGCAUGGGGGGAAUACCUGAGGAAGAACUGGAUUCCAUGGCAAAGCAUGAAUCCAAGGAAGAUCACAUCUUCCAAAAAUUUAAAUCCAAAAUAGCUCUGGAACCUGAGCAGAUCCUCAGGUAUGGAAGAGGCACGCAACCCAUUUGGAUUUCUGGUGAAAAUAUCCCUCAAGAACAAGACAUUCCAGACUGCCCUUGUGGUGCCAAGAGGACAUUUGAAUUCCAGGUCAUGCCCCAGCUGUUGAACCACCUAAAGGCAGACAGACUGGGCAGAAGUGUGGACUGGGGCAUCUUGGCUGUCUUCACCUGUGCUGAGAGCUGUCACCUGGGCACUGGCUAUACAGAGGAGUUUGUGUGGAAACAGGAUGUGAUAGAUACUCCCUGAACAGGGUUAAAUAUUCCUUACGAGCAGAGGCACACACUAAUCCCAGCACUCUGGGAGGCACA